CUGUCUUAAGAUGGAUGCAGAGGCGGCGCGCGUAAAAAAAUGACAAGCCGGAGUAGAAUGUUACUAGCCUCCGCGGUGGUGGUAUGGGAAUGGCUGAACGAGCACGGACGCUGGCGGCCCUACAGCCCGGCCGUCUCUCACCACAUCGAGGCGGUCAUCCGCUGCGACCCGCGCACCGCUAGUGUGGUUUUGGGCCAGGUGGACCCGCGCUUAGCGCCCUACAUCAUCGACGUGCAUUCCAUGCACCAGUUCCGUCAAGACACAGGUACCCUUCGACCGGUACGCCGCAGCUUCUACGACCCGGCCUCGGCCCCGGGCCAGGGCUGGCAGUGGGAGUGGGAGAACGACGCGGGCAGCUGGACUGCCUACGACACGGAGGUGGGCAUCGCCAUCCAGGCGGCCCGCGACCGGCAGCAGCCCUGGCUGGACCUGGCGCCGCUGGGCUUCUGCUACCUCAUUGACUUCCAGAGCAUGACCCAGAUCAACGGGCAGACGCAGCGCUGCCGCCGCAUCCAGCGCCGCUCCGACCUGGCCUACCCGCUGGUGUCGGGGCCCCUGCCCAAGUCCCAGCCCGCCUGGGGCGGCGGCGGCGGCGGCGGCGGCGGCGGGGGCUCGGCGGGACUCAUGGGGAUCGGGGCGGGCGGGGGGAUGGGUGGAGGAGGAGGAGGAGGAGGGGGGGGGAUGGGCCCGGGCACCGGCAACGGGAGCGCCUACCCGAGCGGCGCGCUGCCGGCCUCGGCCAUCACCUCGCUGGGACAGCCGUGCGCCUGCCAGCAGUGCAUGCUGGUCCUCAGCGUCAAGGCGGGCGCCAUGUCGGCCGUCCACACGCUGGGGCGCCGGCCGCUGCCCAGCAAGCCCCCCAGCCCCAAGCUGGGCGGGUACAUGUUCCAGGGGGGCUCGUACUCCCUGACCCUGCCCCGGCCCCCCUCACUGACGCGCACGCUCUCCCCGCACAGGACAUCCAUCAUCGGGGCCAUGGGGGGGGGCGGCGGCGGCGGCGCUGGCGGCGGGGGGGGCGGGGGCCCCUUCGGACACUCCCUCUCCUUCCUGGGCUCGGCCACGGCCGCCCUCUCGCUCUCCUCCACGCGGCCCCCGCCCCCGCCCCUCCCGCCGCCCCCGCCCCCGCCGCCGCCGCCGCCGCCCUCCCACCCGCCCUCCAUCUCCCUCUCGGCCUCCCUGGCCCCCCCGCACGCCUCCGGCGUCUCGGCCGUGACCACGGCGGCGUCCAUGCAGACGCUGCCCCUCAUCUCCACGGGGGCGUCCAGCUGCGCGCCCUCCCCCUCCGCCCGCGUCCUGGGCCCGGUGGCGUCGUCCGCGGCGGGGGGGGCGGCGGCCUGCGCGGCCCCCCUGCCCCCCCGGGCCAGCCUGGCGGGGCUCAGCCGACCCGCCCUGCAGCGCAUCGCCAUGGCCCAGUCCCGGGCCCUCAUCGCCUCCGGGGUUCCGACGGUACCGGUGAAGAACCUGAACGGGUCCAGCCCUGUUCAUCCAGCACUGGCAGGUAUUACAGGUAUCCUGAUGAGUGCGGCAGGACUUCCUGUCUGCUUGACCCGCCCCCCUAAGCUGGUGCUCCACCCUCCUCCGGUCAGCAAGAGUGACAUCAAACCCGUGCCGGGGCUUGGCCACUGCUGCCGCAAGACCACCAAGAAACAGGCCCGCAAAGGCAAGACCCCCGAGGAGGUGGUGAAGAGGUACCUGCAGAAGGUCCGCAACCCCCCUGAGGAGGACUGCACCAUCUGUAUGGAGGCCCUCGCCGGGCCCUCGGGCUACAAGGGCCCCGGCGUGGGGGGCAUCUCGCGGGCCGAGUCGGUGGGCCGGCUGGCUCAGUGCGGCCACCAGUACCACCUGCAGUGCCUGGUGGCCAUGUACAACAACGGCAACAAGGACGGCAGCCUGCAGUGCCCCACCUGCAAGACCAUCUACGGCGUGAAGACCGGGAACCAGCCGCCCGGCAAGAUGGAGUACCACGUCAUCCCCCACUCGCUGCCCGGCCACCCCGACUGCAAGACCGUCCGCAUCAUAUACAACAUCCCCCCUGGCAUCCAGGGCCCGGAGCACCCCAACCCGGGCAAGCCCUUCACGGCGCGCGGCUUCCCCCGCCACUGCUACCUGCCGGACAGCGAGAAGGGGCGCAAGGUCCUGAGGCUGCUGCUGGUCGCCUGGGAUCGCCGGCUGAUCUUCUCCGUGGGGACGUCCAGCACUACGGGCGAGUCGGACACGGUCAUCUGGAACGAGGUCCACCACAAGACAGAGUUCGGCUCCAACCUGACGGGCCACGGCUACCCGGACCCCGGUCACCUUGACAACGUCCUGGAGGAGCUCAAGGCCCAAGGCAUCACCGAGGAGGAGUGUCUACCCAAAGACUGAGGGGGCGGGGACUAUCGCCUGA